AUGGCUUCUCAUCUAAAAGGUGUUGCAAAAUCAACUAUGUCAGAUCAAAUACGUAAGGAGUUGUGUGAGUAUAAGAGAGAUAAUCCUGCAAGCACACAAAAAGACUUGCAGAGAUGGCUUAAGGGAAAAUUUCAGUUGAAAGUUAGUCAAGAAACAAUAUCAAACACACUUAAGCGGUCAGAUGACUAUCUCUCUGCUAAAAUAGAAAAGGGAAGAGCAGAGAUCAAAAGACACAAACUAGCAAAAUAUCCUGACAUGGAGAAGGUUGUUUAUGAGUGGUUUCUUCAGCAUCAAGAACGUGUGAAUAUCACAGGAGAAUUAAUUUUGCAGAAGGCAAGAGAUACAAUGAAACUCGUGUACCCUCAUGAUGAUUCAGAUUUUAACUUCUCUAUAAGAUGGCUUGGGAAAUUCAAGCAUCGACAUGGCAUAAAGUCAUUUCUUCGUUUUGGCGAGAGUGGGUCUGUUGAUAUACAAGACAUGGAGCAAAAAUUGGUAUCGAUUCGGGAGAAAAUUGAUCAGUUCCCUAUGAAAGAUGUUUUCAAUAUAGAUGAAACUGGGUUGUUUUAUAGGCUACAAGCUAAUCAUUCACUGGCAACAAAACAACUUGAAGGAAGAAAACAAGAUAAAGAAAGGCUGACGCCUCGUUGCUUCAAGAAUGUCAACAUGAAUAGCUUGAAUUGUCAGUAUCGAGCUAACAAAAAAACAUGGAUGACUAGUGUGCUUUUUGAUGAAUAUGUUCGUUCAUUUGACCAAAUAAUGCAUGGUAGAAGAGUUCUACUUGUGGUGGAUAAUUGUCCAGCACUUCCAAGAAAUAUUGAAGGGCUAAGAAACGUUGAGUUGUUCUUCUUGCCACCCAACAUGACAUCAAAGAUUCAACCUUGCGAUGCUGGGAUAAUAAGAGCUUUCAAGAUGCAUUACCGUAGAAGGUUUUACCGCAAAAUAUUGGAAAGUUAUGAGGUGGGACAAUCUGAUCCAGGGAAGACAAAUGUCCUUGAUGCUAUCAAUUUGGCAAUCCCAACUUGGACGAUAGAUGUUCGAAAAGAAACAAUAGUGAAUUGCUUCCGAUAUUGUAAAAUUCGUUCAGAUAGUGACGUUGCAAGAAAUUUGGAUGAAUCCACUUUUGAUGAAGAAACUCAAGACCUCGAGACUAUGAUCAAUCAAUGUGGCUAUCGUAAUAAGAUGGAUAUCGACAAUCUAAUAAACUACCCAGGUGAAAAUGAAGCAUGUUCGGAGGUUCAAAGUUUAGAAGAUAUUAUGGGUACUAUCAUUGAGAACAAUGCAGAGGAUGAUGACGAAGAUGAUACAGUAUCUUUGGAGCCUGUUACGCAAAAGGAAGCACUUAUGGCAUCAAACACUCUUCACAACUUUAUGAUACAAUACAAAAAUACAACACCUGAGCUAUUGGAUGCAAUAAGAAAAGUUAGAGAUGAGCUAUAA